GAAUAAUCUUCAGGAUGACUAACAGAAUACAGAUGCUCUCUAUAUUUCUGCGCUUAAGGAAAAUAAAAACAGGAAUCAUACUUAAAACAAAUACAAAUGUAAUUACAAAGGAUCAUGGAGAAUCGUCCCAAACGGAAUAUCAUCAAACCUCGACGAUUUCAAACGACAUCUUCGGACGAGGCGGAAGAGUCAGGAAGAAAGACGAUGGAGCUACAGGGCACUCAAUUAGAAAAGGAUGUUGCUGAGUUACGGGGAGUAUUAGAAGAGAGUCAUUCGCCCAAUACUAAUAUGCAUGCUAAUCAUUCACUCACUAACUCACAAUCAUUUACAGAUCAUCAUCCUACGCACAACCAUCAACAAUCACUCACACAACACAACACUCACACAACACAAGCACCUUUUAUACAUGAAAACACACAUUCAUCAUCCUACGCACAACCAUCAACAGUCACUCACACAACACAAGCACCUUUUAUGCAUAAAAACACACAGUCAUCAUCCUACGCACAACAAAAUUUUCAUGAUACAACGCAAACAUUCACACACAAACCACAUGCUGCUGCUACUCAUACACAACACAUUGGUAGCCAAUUAAAUACACCGCAUAACACUCAGUUACAGCCUUUAAACAUCUGGCCAACUUCAUCGUCAAGUUAUCUGCCAAGCUCUUCUCAAGCUUCAAGAGAAUUUUACAAUUUUCAUGUGAGACCGGAAAUUCAAGCCAUACAUGGAAGAAUGGAUCAAUUAGCUUUGGAAGUUCAACAAAUACACCAAAAAUUGGACAGAGUGUUGACGCAGAUUAGCAAUAACCGAAGGCAUAUGCCGGAGAAACCAGCAUUUUUGCCAUUAUCAUUAGUUGAAGAUGUUGAAAUAUUUGAAACUGCUAAUGAUGAAGAAUAUAUGAAAUUGGUGAAUUAUUUAAUUUUUAUUGGUGGUCUUAAUGCCAAAGAAAGUGUUAAUUUGUGCUUCAAAGAGAUAUUUCAAGAUUCUUUGAUGAACUUAUACACUUGGUUCGGGCGUGAGGAUAAUCAACGACCAUUAUACAAUACCCGUUUGGUGAACGCUAUUUAUGAUGCUAUCUGCGAAAACAAAAAUUUUGAAAGACCAAUGCGGGCUGCAUUUCAAACAUAUAUGCGGGAUGCUCUGCGAACGGCCAAGCAACGACACAGGAAUAGAGCGCGCAACAACUUGCAUCGUCCGGAAGGAAGAAAUAGAAAUGAACGAGCACUAUGGAACGACGAACACGACGAAAUACAACCAGAAGAAAAUUAG